AAUGAACACAUAUUUUCUUUGUGAAGCCUCUUCGCCAUCAGCUGCCAAGACGGUGGCAGCAUUGCUUGAUCCGGGAGGUCGGGACCAUUGCACUGAUUCGUCAGGAUUGGGGUGAGAUUUUUGAUGCUGGAUCAAGCAUUCUGAGCAAGUGGAGCGGAGAGCUCAGAACAUUUCGUUGGCGCCGUCAAUCUGACUCUGUUGUGGCCAAGCCAUGGCGAGCGAAGUGCUCGGCGUCCAUAUUGAGAAGAAGAAUGAUGGCGUGCUCCAGGCGAUCAAGUAUGUUCGGGGCAAGCUCGAGCUUCUGGACCAGAGGCAUCUUCCCCACGUGAGCGAGUACAUCGACAUCCCGACAGCAGAAGCGGCAUGGCACGCUAUCAAGGACAUGGUGGUGCGGGGGGCACCGGCGAUUGCAAUCGCGGCAGCUUUGGCCUUAGCCGCAGAGCUAGUGAGCUCGCCGCCUGAGACGCCCGAUGCAAAGUCGACCGGCGCCUAUAUCGUGGAGCGGCUGCAGUACCUAGUGUCAAGCCGUCCAACUGCCGUCAACCUGGGCGAGGCCGCCAAGCAGCUGUCCGAAGUCACUCGGACUGCGGCGGACCAGCCGGAAGCUUCCGCGCAGAGCGUCAUCGACGCAUUCGUGGUCUCUGCGGAGCAAAUGCUGGUGGAUGACGUGGCGGCCAACCGUGCGAUUGGGGCGAACGGCGCGGAGGCGAUCGUGAAGGCGGCCACAAAGAAGGAGAAGCUGCGCGUGAUGACGCACUGCAACACAGGCAGCCUGGCCACCGCUGCAUACGGAACCGCCCUCGGUGUCAUCCGUUCCCUUCACGCCGCCGGCAAGUUGGAGACCGCUAUUGCAACGGAGACCCGCCCAUACAACCAGGGCUCGCGCCUCACAGCUUACGAGCUCGUGUACGAGAAGAUUCCCGCCAUCCUAGUUGCCGACUCUGCGGCUGCGGCGUUUGGGGCCACUCGGGGCGUGGAUGCGAUCGUUGUGGGCGCCGAUCGGAUUGCGGCGAACGGAGAUACGGCAAACAAGAUCGGGACGUACUCGCUCGCGAUCGGGGCGAAGUACCACGGGGUGCCGUUCUUUGUGGCGGCGCCAGUGACGUCGAUUGAUCUGGACAUUCACUCAGGCGCCGAGAUCCAUAUUGAGCAAAGAGACCCCAAGGAGCUCACCCACGCCAACGGCGGCCGUGGCGAUCCCAUUGCUCCGGCCGGCAUCGACGUUUGGAACCCCUCCUUCGACGUCACUCCCGCUGACCUCAUCGCUGGCAUCAUCACGGAAAAGGGCGUCAUCUACAAGGCCGACGGCGCAACGGAGUUCGACAUCCCCGCCUUCCUGGCCCGCGUCGCCCCCGCCCCGCCCGCCCAAAACCCCCCAACCCUCGCCACCGAAGCCGGGGACGUAAAACCCCUCUUCGUAGGUUUCAACCCUGAGACUCUCGUCGACUACAUUGCGACCAAAACGCCGGACCUCGCAACGAGGUUGGGCGGAAAGCCGACCGACUGGAAAGUGCGGGAAGUCGGGGACGGGAAUCUAAACCUGGUGUUCAUAGUGGAGGGGCCGCAGUGGACGUGCGUGCUGAAGCAAUCGCUGCCGUACGUGCGGUGCGUCGGCGAAUCGUGGCCGUUGACGGUGGACCGGUCGUGGUUCGAGGCGCUCGCGCUGAAAGAGGAGGGGCGCCUCGUGCCGCAGCACGUGCCCGAGGUGUACCACGUGGACCGCUCGCGCGCCCUGUUCGUGAUGCGCUACCUGGAGCCGCCGCACAUCAUCCUGCGCAAGGGCCUCAUCGCCGGCCACGUGUACCCCCUCCUGGCCGACCACGUGUCCACCUUCCUGGCGCGCACUCUGUUCAGCACCUCCCUCCUCGCGCUCGACACUGCGCAGCACAAGGCGGCCGUCGCCAAGUUUGUGGUCAACGUCGAGCUGUGCAGGCUCACGGAGCAGGUGAUCUUCACGGAGCCGUACGCGCAAGCCGCCAACAACCACUGGACGUCGCCGCAGCUGGACGCGGAAGCGGCCGCGCUCCGGUCGGACGUGCCGCUGAAGGUCGCCAUCACGGCGCUGAAAAAGAAGUUCACGGAGCAGGCGGAGGCCCUGGUGCACGGCGACCUGCACACGGGCAGUAUCAUGGUCACGGACACCUCCACGCAGAUGAUCGACCCCGAGUUCGCCUUCUACGGCCCCAUGGGCUUCGACAUUGGCGCUUUCCUGGCCAACUUGAUCCUCGCGUACUACAGUCAGGACGGGCACGCGACCAGCCCUGGCGCCAGGAACGACUGCAAGUACUGGAUCGCGAAGACGAUCAUCGAAACGUGGGCCCUGUUCGCCGAGAAGUUCGUGGACCUGUGGUCGAAAUUUGUUAGCUUGGAGUCCCCGGGCGACCUCACGCCCACGCUCCUGUUCGGCACCGGCGACCGCACGCUGGCGGAAUACCAAAAGGCCUUCCUCGGCGACCUCUUCCAGGACUCGCUGGGCUUCGCGGGCGCCAAGAUUGUCAGGCGGAUUGUCGGGAUCGCCCACGUAGAAGACCUGGAGAGCAUCGCCGAUCCCGACGUUCGCGCAAGCUGCGAGAAAAAAGCGCUAGCGUUUGGCAAAGUGCUGCUGAAGGAGCGGUCGCAAUUCGAGAGUAUACAACAGGUUGUGAAAGCGCUCGAGCCGAAGGGAUGAAUCCGCGUUGAGCUUUUUGACUUCAGUCUCUUCUCUAGAGAAUAAGAAAACUUUGCAAACAACAGUUUCUGAGAAUGUGGUUGCAAGACUGUUGCCACUGACUACGUGUGCUUGUCUAGGCAUUCGAGAAUCGCGCCAGCUGCAGUUGGCGAUGUCUGGUGCGCUACAUUUACUCUAUCUGAGAGAUACGGGCAGCGCACUGACAUCAUUGAGGAUACAUGAGUGUCUCCAAGUGGAAGUCAGAACCUAUGAAAAGAGGUCUUCGUAUAAACUAAGAGCGAGCUUUCAUGACUACUUCCUUGGCACGUUAGACGCAGGGCCUGACGGCGACCGUACAUCAUGAUAUAUAACCGGAUAAUCAUAUGAG